AAGGACAUAGGAACGCAGACAAACGUCCCAGUGCGGCCGCGGGGACAACGGAAAGUGAUCCGAUGGGCUGGCAGCCGACCCUCCCCCCAGCUUACCUGUUAACUCACGCAAAAGACCCUGUGUGCAAAGCAUCCUUGGUGGGAAUUGAAACUACUCCUCAAGAAUAAAGACUGCCCCGGGUCCCUAAGGUCCCGAGUGAUUGACCCCAGAAUGCAGCUUUGCCUCUCGGCCUCCUGAAGCUAACUCUUCCAUCGCCUACAAUAAAGACAUAAGUGGUUAUAAAGUGUCCAGUUGGACGUCUGGCAGGGGAAGGACACGAGAUGCAGCAAUGUUUCUGAGAGAUGGUCCAGUUGCCCUCCCUGCACAGCGAGUGCUUGCCGAACCAGAGCUCGGAUACAUCGGCUUUUUUUGUUGCAGCAAAACUUGAAAACUUGGAAGCAAUGGGAGAAAACAAAGAGUGCAACAGUAUGGUUGAUAAUUGUGAAGAAGUGCCCACGAAGGAAGUGAUUGAGUUCAGACCGCCACUAUAUAAACAGAGAUACUUCUUUGUUAAAAAUUUAGUGCAACAACAUAAACCCAAGAAGGUUGCAGACUUGGGCUUUGGAGAUGCCACACUUAUAUGGAUGCUAAAAUACCAUCAUUGCAUUGAACAUCUUGUUGGAGUAGAUACUUACGCUGGCAGUACCUCUCAAUGGGAAAUAAGUAAUUUGAGCCCAUCAGUGGGGGAUUAUCUAGUUCCUCGGGACCUAGAUUUGACUAUAACCUUGUAUCGUGGCUCUGCUGUACAGAAGGACUCUCGUUUGGUUGGAUUUGACUUGAUGACAUGUAUUGAAUUGAUAGAACAUUUAGAUUCUGAAGAUCUGGCCAAGUUUCCUGAAGUUGUAUUUGGCUAUUAUUCCCCACGUAUCAUCAUCAUCAGCACACCAAACUCUGAAUUCAAUCCCCUGUUUCCAGCAUCAACCUUUAGACACUUAGAUCACAAAUUUGAGUGGAACAGAAUGCAGUUUCAGACCUGGGCUUCGGAUGUGGCAAACCUCUACAAUUACUCAGUAGAGUUUACUGGUGUGGGGUCUCCACCAGCAGGAGCUGAGCAUGUUGGGUACUGUACCCAGAUAGGGGUCUUCCAGAAAAAUGAAGCAAAGGCAACUGAAUCAUGCAUUUCCACACCAGAGGAACAUGUUUAUGAAACCGUUUUUACAACAGCAUAUCCCAGUUUACAGGAGAAGAAAAACCUCCUGUUAGUCCUGAGCGCAGAGGUGUUAAGAGCCUCCAACUCUAUGAGACUGCGGUUUAUCGUGGAUCCGAAGAAAAAGGUGAACGGUAGAUUGGUGCCAGAAGACAGUUGCGUCCCACGGUACGGGUUAAUUGUCACCGAUGCUCAAAGGGCCCAAAUUGAGAGCUCCCCCAAGCCUUACUGUGUGGGAAAGAAAUUCUACGUGCCCCUGGAAAGACUCAUUACUUUUCCAAAGGUGAACCGCUUGGUUGAUAGUGUCGAGCGGCUGCGCAGCCUCCUUUCUGAGGCGCUGAAGCUGAACAGGGAUCAGAGUGCCCUCCAGGUGGACUUGCAUGAUCACUACUCGCGGACCAUGCUUUCCUACUGAAGCCGCGGACCUUAAUGAUAGGCUUAGUUCGAAAAUUGUACGUUUAGGCAACUUAGUUUUGAAUUUCCCUAUCCUUGUGUGUUUUCAUAUGCUUUUUGGGGGUGGUGUAGGGUUCACGUUCACACGUUUCUGUUGUACCCAUGUUAAAUGACUUAAAUUUGUAAAGUAAACUAUGAAAUAAAA